AUGUUGUGGCUGGACUUCUCGGGCCGAGUACUGCAGGGCCCCCUGGGAGCCAUCCAGGCAGUGGAACCUGCUUCCGACCCGCCCACCCAGGGCCUCUCCUACCGCCUCAGGUGGAACAGCUCCGCCCACCAGGCAGCCUGCCUAGGGCGGCCUCGCCCGCCGCCCGCACCCCCGCCCGGCCUGCAGCCCGCCACUGGUCGGCCCUCCUGUCCGUCUCAGUUCGAGGCCACACCCAUCCCAGGUAUGGGCCAGGCCGCCCAGUCCCAAGCUGAGGAGCGCCACCUGCCUUGGAAUGUUAUGGAGCAGUUCAACCCUGGGCUUCGGAAUUUAAUAAACCUAGGAAAGAAUUAUGAGAAAGCGGUUAAUGCGAUGAUCCUGGCAGGGAAAGCCUACUACGACGGAGUGGCCAAGCUCGGCGAGAUUGCUACAGGGUCCCUGGUGUCGACAGAGCUGGGGCGUGUCCUUAUAGAGAUCUCGAGCACACACAAGACACUCAAUGACAGCCUGGAAGAAAACUUCAAAAAAUUCCACAAGGAGAUCAUACACGAGCUGGAGAAGAAGACGGAACUGGAUGUAAAGUACAUGAGCGCAACACUGAAGCGAUACCAAACGGAGCACAGGAGCAAGCUGGACUCCUUGGAGAAAUCGCAGGCCGAGCUGAAGAAGAUCCGGAGGAAGAGCCAAGGUGCACGGAACGCACUCAAGUACGAGCACAAGGAGACGGAGUACGUGGAAACCGUCAUUUCUCGUCAGACGGAAAUCCAGAAGUUCAUUGCUGACGGCUGCAAGGACGCGCUGCUUGAAGAGAAGAGGCGCUUCUGCUUCCUGGUUGACAAGCACUGCAGCUUUGCAGGCCACAUGCAUCAGUAUCACCUCCAGUCCCGGGAAGCCCUGUUGUCGAUUUGCUGUGUGGUACUCAGCACUAGACUAACAGAGGAUUUUCCACAGGUUGGGAAAGAUUAUGACACCCUUUCUAAAUAUUCACCAAAGAUGACCCCAGCCACUUCAACUAAAGCCUACAGCGGUCCCCUGAUCGAUAUGUUUAAUAACCCAGCAACCGUGGCCCAGAAUUCAGAAAGGACAAACAAUUCAACAGAGCCGCCUGAGGACCCGAGUCUCCAGCGCUCGGUGUCCGUGGCCACGGGCCUGAACCUGAUGAAGAAGCAGAAGGUGAGGGCCAUCUUUGCCCAUGCCGACGGCGGGAACAAGACCCUGCUCAGCUUUGCCAAGGGGGCCGUCAUCACGCUGCUCAUCCCCGAGGAGAAGGACGGCUGGCUCUAUGGGGAGCUGGAUGCCACCAGAGUGAGAGGCUGGUUCCCGUCGUCGUACACACAGGUGCUGGAGGGGGACGCAGAGGAAGCAGCCGCUCCACCCGUGCCAAGCCCUGUGCCUGUGCGGAGCGUCAGCACCGUGAACCUGGCUGAGAAGAGCCAGGUCUUCUUCCCUCCGCCAGAUUACCAAGACUGUCUGUCCACGGGGGCAGCUGCGGACAAGAGAGGAGAGGCUCCCACACAGACCUCGACCUUCAGAGUGACAGCGCCCAAGCCGGGAGCCGUGUCUCCUAAUGAUGCCAACGGGAUGGCAAAGCCCCCUUUCCUAAGCGGAGAGAACCCCUUUGCUACCGUGAAGCUGCGCCCGACGGUGACCAACGACCGGUCUGCUCCCAUCAUCCGGUGAAAGGCGGCCGCUGGGCUCCCCCCAUAAACUCUACCACCCGCUGACUGGUGCACCUCACACACGCACUGACGCCAAGAUGCUGGGACUGGUGUGGCGCCCAGUCGAGGCCCAGUCCUUACCGGCAGGUGGACACGUCUUCUCAGCUUCACCUAGCAGGUCUACGCAUCUGUCUCCAAGAGGAUGAAAUGAGUAGUAGCUUUAGUGACCAACAAAAUAAUUUAAGAUCUACACUUCCUAUCUCUUCUGAAAUUUGGGAUGAUUCUUAGUGCACCUUUUUUUUUGUCUUAAACAGCCAAAAUAUACAGAUGAUUUGUGCUUUUGCCCGGCACCCCGCUUUCGUGCUAAGACAACAGUAGUGUUUUACGAAGCGCGUGCUCUCAGGCAGCAGCAUGACAUUUAUCUGAAGAAAAAUACUGUGUGCGUGCACCUUGGCGUGCAAGUCAUAAGCAAUAUAAAUUAUGAAAAUAAUAUGUAAAAUAUAAAUUUUCUAACUUAGUCGUUAAAUUUGUUUUAUUAGAGAAAGCCACCCAGGGAGGGAGGGGAUUGCAAGCGCCCCUGUCAGACAACACAGUGCAGUGGGGGCUUCACGUUUCCUGUUCAGUCAUCACCAACAGUGACUAGCUACCUGUUGGGUUUACUGCCCAGGCUGCGUGCCAGGGCUGAGGGCCAUACAGAGCAGCCCACCUAUUGGGGGGGGUGGAGAGGGGAGGUUCCCAUCAGCAGGAAGGACCUACCUUGCUCACCCUGACGGUGGAGAAUCCUGAGCAGAAUUUGCACCCAGGACUUCCUGCUUGGAAGGGCUGCUCCCUGUGGACUGCCAGGACUUCGCUGCUCCGUCAUCAGCUCAGUUCUCCUGGGGGCUGGAUGCUAGCCCAGUGCAGGCCUCCUUCCGGCUGGGUUGAACAAUGUCACAAGCUCUCGUGGGAGGGGACAGCCAGGCAGCCCCUCCCCCCAGGGGCUGUGAGCACCAGCCAGGGCAGAGAACCUGGUCUGUUCUCCUCCCACCACCUAUAGGAGAGGGUCCAGGAGUGUUCCACUCAGGGAAAACAGCUAGGUCUUUAGAGCCCCCCGUGGGGAGCCUUCUGGCUUUGUUACAGGGAUCUAGACGCAGGUCCUAGGGGAUCAGGUGCAACAUGUGGACCCCACCAGACUCCUCCAAGCCCCAUUUUGCCCCCACAGAAUGGAACUUGGUGCGGAAGUGGGGGCAGGGGGUCCUCGGGUCCCUAGCACCAAAGCGCAGUAGUGUCACGGUACUGUAUUUCAUGACAAUAAAGACCUUGAAAACA